CAUGGCGGCGGCGCGCCGAGGGAGAGCGGGAGAUCCUCGCGCCGGCUUCAGGCGGGACGCGGGGGAGCCGGGGCCGGCGGUGCCGCAGGGGCUGAUCAGAGCGGCCCGGAAGAACGGCCAGUUAAACCUGGCAGGCCGCGACCUGAGUGAGGUACCUGCGAAUGUGUGGCGAAUAAAUUUGGAUAUUCCGGAGGAAGCCCAUCAAAAUCUGUCUUUUGGUGCUACUGAUCGUUGGUGGGAGCAAACAGAUCUGACCAAACUCAUCUUAGCCUCAAACAAACUGCAGUGUCUUUCUGAGGAUGUCAGACUUUUGCCUGCUCUCACUGUACUGGAUGUACAUGAUAAUCAGCUGACAUCUAUUCCUUCUGCUAUAGGAUUUUUGGAAAAUCUUCAGAAGCUCAAUGUCAGUCACAACAAGCUGAAAAAUAUUCCAGAAGAGCUGACACAAUUGAGACACUUGAAGAGCCUGCUUCUCCAACACAAUGAGUUGAGUCAUUUACCAGAUGGGUUUGGACAGCUUAUCAGUUUAGAAGAGUUAGAUCUUUCCAACAACCAACUUGAAACCAUUCCAUCCAGUUUUGCUUCCCUAACCAGUUUGGUGCGGCUCAGUUUGGCCCAUAACCAACUGAAGAACCUGCCAGCAGAGAUCAGCGCAAUGAAAAGCUUAAAACAACUGGAUUGUACUAAAAACCAGUUGGAAACCAUACCUUCCGAAUUGGCCAGCAUGGCAUCUUUAGAACAACUUUAUCUACGAAAAAAUAAAUUACAGUAUUUACCAGAAUUUCCAUCAUGCAAGUUACUGAAGGAGUUACAUGUUGGUGAAAAUCAGAUUGAAGUGUUAAGUGCAGAGCAUCUUAAACAUCUGAAUUCUCUCUGCGUGUUAGAGCUUAGAGAUAACAAGCUAAAAUCACUGCCUGAUGAAAUUACUCUGCUUCAGGGGUUGGAGCGACUUGACUUAACCAACAAUGAUAUCAGUAGCUUGCCUUGUGCUCUGGGGAAUCUUCCUCAGUUGAAACUCCUGGCAUUAGAGGGAAAUCCUUUGAGAACUAUUCGAAGAGACAUGUUACAGAAAGGCACCCAAGAACUCCUGAAGUAUCUGAGAAGCAAAAUCCAAGAUGAUAUAACUAGCCCAAAUGAGGGGUCUCCUGUGACAGCCAUGACUCUUCCAAGUGAGUCAAGGAUUAACAUUCAUGCCAUAACUGCAUUAAAAGUAUUAGAAUAUAGUGAGAAACGAGCAGCUGUGAUUCCUGAUGAAAUAUUUAAUGCAGUCGGAAGCAAUUCUGUCACUACUGUAAACUUCAGCAAGAAUCAGCUGAAUGAAAUUCCAAAAAGGAUUGUGGAGCUGAAAGAAUCUGUCUGUGAUGUGAAUCUUGGCUUCAAUAAACUCUCUUCCAUUUCCUUGGAGCUCUGUACACUUCAUAAAUUGACACACUUGGAUAUCAGAAAUAACUUUUUGACAUCUUUACCUGAGGAAAUGGAAGCACUGAUAAGACUGCAAAUAAUAAAUCUUUGCUUCAAUAGGUUUAAAAUAUUUCCCAACGUUCUUUAUCGCAUCCCAACACUUGAAACUAUCCUACUCAGUAACAAUCAGGUUGGAUCUAUAGACCCUCUACAACUAAGGAAGAUGGACAAGCUUGGCACCAUAGACCUUCAGAAUAAUGACCUCCUUCAAGUGCCACCAGAACUUGGAAACUGCGUAAAUCUUAGGACACUUCUGCUAGAAGGAAAUCCAUUCCGCACUCCUCGAGGAGCCAUUUUGGCAAAAGGAACAGCAGCUGUACUAGAAUACCUAAGAAGUCGAAUUCCUACUUGAUCAGAGUACACUUAUUUUUUUGUUAGGCUUAUCGAUCAAAAUACAAGCAAGAUUUUUACCAUCAGAAACCCAAAGGCCAUACACCAGUCUGACUUCCUUCCUGUUUGUCAACUAUUGAUUAAGCUGGCCUGUGCCAUAAAGCAUUUUUUGUAAUACUGCUUUUAUUCUGUUUGAAAAAAAUGCCCAUCCAUAAAAUCUCAGAUCUUCUUCCAGAGUUGCAUAGAUCAACAUUUCAAUUGAAAAUACCACAAUGCUGAUUGUCUUUAUUUGUAAUGCAGUGAUUUCAAUGGAUACGACCACUAACAAUGACAAUUUUUUCUACAGUUCAGUUUAAAAAAACCUUAAUUUUAGGAACGCUAAAGGGGUUGCAUAAAAAGUAAACUUUCUGAUGUUCUUAGGUUUGUAUUGUCCAUAGUUGUGUGGGACCAAAUGCUUUAUAGCAGGUGACCUCUUAAUCAAAUAGGUAAGUGUUUCACACUGUCUGCCUCCUGUUAAAUGCCUGAAACCUUAAAUUACACACCAAUGCUGUAAUAAUGGUAAGGAUACAGUAUGAACUGUGCUACAAAGAGUGUGAAGAAUGUGUUUAUAAAAGUGAUUGAAUUCUACUUGGUUGACUAGUAAUGAAUAAAUGUUUCCUGUUGGAUGUAAACUAU